AUGGAGCGAUGCACUGCCGAGAUGCCUCCAAUCCGAGGCGUGGUGCAGUGCGCAGCCGUGCUUGAGGACUCAAUUUACCAGAAUAUGACCCAUGGAAAGUGGCGUGCUUCUAAUAGACCCAAAAUCCAUGGUUCCAUCAUAUUGCAUUGGUUGCUGCUAUCACAUGAGCUGCAAUUUUCUGUCAUGCUCAGCUCCAUUGCUGGAGUGGUCGGCAACCGUAGCCAGGCUAUUUAUGCAGCUGGCAAUACAGUUCAAGAUGCACUGGCACACUACCGCGGCAGCUUAGGGUUGCCAGCAGUCAGUAUAGACCUCGGUCUGAUGCUUGAUAUCGGUUUAAUCGCCGAACGUGGUGGGGCACCCAAUUUGAAGAAAUGGGAGGCAGUAGGCAUUCGCGAGGUGGAGUUCCAUGCUCUCUUAACAGCGGCGAUGACGGGCUACUGGAGCGGCUCGCCGGUCCCUACACAGCUCAUAUCAGGCCUACCAACCGGGGGUAUUCUUCAAGCUGAGGGCCUAGAUCAUCCCUUUUAA